AUGGUACCCGCGGGCCUGAUCGCCCCACCCGUGCGCAUCGGCGUCGUCCAGACCGCCUACGCCAACGGCGCCUCGACCGACUACAUUUCGAAGACCCUCGGCCUGGAGACCGCCUGCACGCCCACCGGCGUGAAGCACCUGCACCACGUGGCCAAGGAGUACGACGUCGGCAUCUACUUUGAGUCCAACGGCCACGGCACCGUGCUGUUUGACCCCGCGCUGGUGGCGCGGCUGAGCGCGCUGGACGAGCAGGUCGCGGUGGUGCACAUCCUGGCAGUCAGCCGCCUCAUGAACCAGGCCGUCGGCGACGCCAUCUCCGGCCUGCUGCUGGUCGAGGCCAUCCUGCGCUGCGGCACCGCCCUCGAGGCCUGGGAGGCGCUCUACUCCGACCUCCCCAGCCGCCAGACCAAGCUCAAGGUCGCCGACAGGUCCGCCAUCACCACCGCCGACGCCGAGCGGCGCUGCGUGGCGCCGGAGGGGCUGCAGGCGGCGAUCGAUGGGGUCGUGGCCAAGGUGCCGCGCGGGCGCGCGUUUGCGAGGCCGUCGGGGACGGAGGACGCGGUGAGGGUGUACGCGGAGGCGGAGACGCAGGAGGCGGCGGACGCGCUCGCGAGGGAGGUGGGGCGGGUGGUGUACGACCUCGCGGGAGGCGUGGGCGAGCGGCCGUGA